AUGACUAAAGAGGUGUCGUCUCCUUUAACGGCAUUGAUUGUGGGCCAAACACCGACAGCACAAUUCCUAGGUUGGAGAUUAAGUUUAGGAAACGCUUUCAUAAUUUUAUCUUCCAAAUAUGUUUCAAGUGAUAGUUUAGUCUCAUGGAAAUCUUAUAAAUUUGGCGCAAAUUUCUAUGCUCCUAAUAUAUUUGUCAAAGAAGUUCCUGAAUUAAGAGAAAAAUUGAUCGAAGGGGAAAAUAAUGGUACUCGUUACAAAAUAGAUGUGCUAGUAUUAGCACCAAUAUCUCUAGAUGAUUUGAAGACAGAUUGUCAAUUUUUAUCCGAAUUUAUUGAUUCGGAUACCGUGGUGAUGGUAAGUUCAGAUUUUGGUUGUGAAUUAGAACCUAUCGUAAUGGAACAUUUAGAAGGGAAUUUUAAGUGUGUAAUGUCGAUUGUUUGUGAUGUUGAAUGCAGACAAUUAUCCCUUGGUUCAUACGUUUUAGUAAACGAUGAUCAUUGUAUUAUUCAUUUGGGGAUCACAUAUCAUUCUCAAAACUUCGAGGAUAAAGCUAAAUUGGUUCAAAAUAAAUCGAUGGUUAAGAAAGAAUUAUUACAAAUAAAUUCAACUACAAAUAAAUUUUGCGAAAUAUUGACACUCUCCAAAUGGUUACAAGUCAAUAAGAUUUUAUCAAAAACACAAAUGGCUUUAAUGUUAUGGGAAAUUAUUAUCCCGAAGAUUUCUUUGAAUAUAUUAUCAAUAAUUUAUGAACAAUUUGAUUAUGUUAAACUGUUAGAAACUAAAUCUACAAUGAAAAUUUAUAAAGAUCUGGUAUUAGAAUUAAUGAAUAUUUGUUGUAUGCAAUGUGGAUCACAUAUCGGAAAAUUUUUAUUGCCUGAAGAGAAACUUUCGAUUGAUUUUAAUAAGAUUGUGGAAUUAAGUGUUAGGAGAAGUAACGAUUUGGCAACUGUAACAGUUAGUGAGCAUCCAGAAUAUUUAUCAUUGACAUUUGAAGCUUAUUGUUUUUAUCAUAGAUUUCAAUUUCCAGCUCAUAUCUUAUUAUAUCAACCUAUUUUAUUGGCUAAAAAGUAUAAGAUGGUUAGUUCUAAUCUAAAUUUUUUAUUUGGGUUUUAUACUAGAUUAUUAAGUUUGAGUGGAUUAACUAUCGAUGGAAAACAUUGUCAAAGAGUAAGUUCAAUGUUUGAAAAGACUAUAAUAAUGGAUAUUGAAGAAGAUCAAAAGGAUUCACCAACUACAAAAUGUGAGAAACCCAAAGAGGAGUCAAAUGAAUUGUUUCCAACAAUCUCACCAGAAUUGGAAAAAUUAUAUAUCGAUGUUGAAGGGUAUACUACUGCAACCGAGAUUCAAGAAACUGAUACAGGUACGUCGACCAAAUUUUCUCAGCAAGUAGAUUCUUUAACCUCUCUAGAUGUAUCUGAAUUACAAAAGACGACUCAUCAAAAUAAUAAUGAUAGUGAUAAAGAAGAGAACGAUAAUGUUGCAAUCCAAAGUUUGCCCAGUGAAACAGUCUUGAACGGAAUGUGUGGUUCAAGUUCACAAUCAACCGAUCAUAACAGUUAUCUGAAGGAUUCGCUUUGGACAACUGACUUUGAGACUCAUGGUGUAGUGGGGAUUCCUCAUCAUUUUUCAAAAUCAUCCAGUUCUAAUGGGUUUCAAUUGAAUGAAAGUAUCAGAUCCUUAGAGGUGCAAUUAAGAACAAGUAAUUAUCUAUUUUCCAAAGAUUACGAUAGAAUCAAUGGACAAUUGAUCAAUGAAUCAAAGAUUAUCACUCAGAAAGAACAUAAUCAGAUUAGACAAAAGUAUGCACCACAGGAAACACAUAUUUGGAAAUUACAAAGAAGGUUAAAUUUACAUAGAGGACUAGUGGGUGGAUUCCCAACUAAACCUUGUGAGGAUUUAUUAAACCACAUCAAGAUUCUUAACAGAGCGAACACUGGGGACGUUCUUCCUUUCACAACAGCAAGGUUUGGUGUAGUCGAUACGUUCCAUUUAUUAAAUGAGAAUAAAGAAAGUAUAAUGGCAUUGUUUGACAAACAGCAGUCUACCGAACCAAACAACCCAGAAGAUGAACCCACAACCACAUUACAGAUUACCGACAGCAAGAAUCAUGACGAACCCCUAGCGCAAUUAACUGACACAAUAUAUAAAUAA